CGAGAAGGCAUCAUCUCUCUCUCUCUCUUACUGUCGGCCUAAAACCUUGUCUUUAGGGUUUAUCACUUCAAUGGAGAAACAGAAUCAACAAACAGUAUGCGGCCAAGAGGCUCUCCUUCUUCUCAAUUGCGUAACUGAGUCUCCUUUCGAUCAAGAGAAAUGUCUCCGCUUCUUGCAAUCUCUCAGAGAAUGCGUUCUCUCUAAGAAAGUUAACAAGUUCGUGAUACCGAGUCAGGAACAUGCUAAUGAGGGAGCAGCUGGCUCAGCUACCAAGAGACCUUCAUAACCUUCUUUUUAAGUUGUAAUCUCAUAUGAUUGUUUUAUCUUGUAAGGCCUCAACCUCAGGGAAUUAGAGGUUUUACACAUUUUGUUACUGUGUAUGCUGAAAACUUUGAGGAGCUAAAGAGAUACUUAAUUUUACUGUUUGUUUCUCUGUAAACGACUUUUUUGAUUGCUCGUAAAGAAACACAGCCAAAUAAGUUCAGA